AUCCGAAGCCGCACACGAUGCUUUUCGGAUCCAAAACCGCAAAAUAGCUAAAAAUGUGCGGCCCUCCUGUAAUUCUUAACCAACGCAGUGGUUUUUCCGUCAAAGAACGUUGUAAAGCAGUUGAAGAAAUAGAAACUGAGAUCGAAGAAGAUACUGAAAGUGCGAGAGAAUGAGCUCACCAUUCUUGCAAUCUGCCCUGUGUCAAUCCUUGUCGUCCUCUAGCUACUAUUCUCCACUCUUGUAUCUUUCUCAUCAGAAUUUUCCGAGGAAGAAAAGGACAUCUGUCAUUUCUUAUUUUUUGAAUGGUGGAAGGCCCUUCGAUGAGAGAUGUCCAAUCCGAAGGAGGCUUGUUCUCUUGGUGGGCGUCUCAGUUCUUCCCUUCUUGCAGUUAAGAGAGGUAGCUGCAGAAGAGCCGGCGGAAGUAGUUAAUGUGGAAUCUCAUGUUGGAGGCUUUGCCAACAUUUUUCUCUCUCAAAGGAAUCGUAGCAAGGAUGUAAGACCUAGAAGUGCUAAUAUCUUGGACAAUCCAGUCUUUGAAGAGAAUAUUGGUACUGGCAUACAAGAUUCUCAAGGAAUAAAAUUGAAACGAUCUGAAAUUGAUACUUCAGAUUCUAGAGCAAUGGAAAAAAUAGAAUCUCAAGUCUCUAGCGCUGCAGAACAUGAUGCUGAAGCACAACCUCCAAAGGGAGAUGCCAAAGAAGGUACUGGUGGAAGUUCAUCUGUAUCAUUCCUAAAUGGGAUUGGAAUAAUUGGGUCAGGUGUGCUUGGUGCAUUAUUUGCUGGAUCUCAGCGGGAGAAAAAAGCAUUGGAAUCAACCAUAGAUUCUAUGACUGCUCAGACAAAGGACCAGGAGAAAGCUACUGAUUUGAUGAAGAAAAAAUUUGAGGAUAGGUUAUUGAAUGAGCAGGAAGAACACAAGGGACAGCUUAGAAAGUUAAAGGAUGAGGAAGCGUCUCUGUCAAGUCAAUUAACUUCAGCUAAGGAUGCAGUAGCAGCUUUAGGUCAAGAACUGCAAGAUGAGAAAAGAUUGGCAGCGGAGUUCUUGUCACAAAAAAGCCAACUUGAACAUUCUUUCACGCAAGCUAGGGAGGAUAAGAAAUUACUUGAAGAUGUGCUAAACGAAAAGGUAGACAGAAUUACUGCUUUGCAGGAUAAAUUAAGCCUUCUUUCAUUAGAAAUAAAUGAAAAGACGAAGAACAUCCAAAACCUCAAAUCAUUGUUUGCUGAAAGAGAAUCAGAAUGUAAGAAUUUGAGCACUACCAUGGAAGAAGCAAGGGCAGAACUUGCAGCAGCAAAUUCCAGCAUUGAGCAGUUGAAAGAAGACAUCAUCAUGGCUACAGAAGAAUCCAAUUCGAAGAGUUCAAUUAUAGAUGAUCUACAUGAAAACAUAAAGUCACUAACUGAAGAAAAAAAUGAUUCUAGUAGCAAAUUUUAUAAUCUUAUGAAAGACUACAAUGAUUUGGUUUCCUACUCAGAGAGAACAACUGUCCUUAAUUCUGAAUUAUUGUCAAAGAAAGAUGAACAGCUCCAACAACUUGAAGAACAUCUUAAACAUGCAUUGAGUGAAGGAAGUUGCCAGCAAACACUGAUAUCUGAGUUGACACGAGAAAGGGAUAAUUUGAAUGUGCUGCUGGAGAAGGAAAGGAAUGAUAUGUAUAAAUUAACAACUGAGCUUCAGAGCGCCAGAAAACUGUUAGAUACUUCAAAAGCAGAGGUUUCUCAUCUGUCCAAAGAACUGACGGAAGCCAGAAAUUCCUAUGAGGAAGUAACGUCUAAGAUUUCAAAGAUGCAAGAAGAGUACGUUCAAGCAAGGAAAUUGCUGAAUAAUAACCUGGAUGAGACAAAGGCUACUUCAAAGAUUCUUUCAGAUAAACUUGAAUCAGCUAUGGUGGUCCUUAAGAGUACGGAGGAAGAGCUUGUUUCUGCAUCCAAUGAAUUGAAAGCUGUCAUCGAGGAGCGUGAAAGCCUUAAGAAAGAACUGGUUGAUUCCUACAGGAAGUUCGAAACAACUACAAAUCAGCUGCAAGAAGAAAGGAAGAUAGUUACCAACUUGAACAAAGAGCUUGAGGCAUCGCGCAGGCAAAUUCUGAAAGAUUCAGAAGCACGGAAAAGUCUUGAAGCUGAUUUAGAUGAGGCUACCAGAUCACUUGAUGAAAUGAAUAGAAAUGCGUUAUUGCUGUCAAGAGAACUAGAGAAUACUAAUUCUAGAAACGCUAGCCUAGAAACAGAAAAAGACAUUCUCUACAAUUCUCUGGUUGAACAAAAAAAUAUAUCAAAAGAUGGGCUUGAAAAUAUUGAGGAUGCUCAAAAUCUCAUUACCAGGCUUGGUGGUGAGAGAGAGAAGCUAGAGAAGAGGUCUAAAAGGCUUGAGGAAGAUCUGGCAGCUGCUAAGGGUGAAAUAUUGAGAUUGAGGAGGAAGAUUAGCGUAGGCCAAGAAACCGUGACCGAGUAUCAUCCAAAUUCUAAUGAAGUUCCAGCGGGAACACCAUUCUCUGUCAAAAGAAACUCUGGUAGAAGAAAAAAGCGAUCAAUGGGUUCUGAUGAUUCUUGAUAGCAUUGUUUGAUUACGUCAACCCGCACAUAACCAUCCAUUGGUCGGAGCCUUGUGCACUUGGUGCACACCUUUUUUUUUGGCUGUUUUAGUGAUUAUUUAUGUCAAUAUUAUGAUUUUCAGAUAAAUUUCCCUGUUUUCUGUAAAUUUUGGCUGGGUUGUGUUAUCCUAUUUUGGCUGGGUUGUGUUAUCCUACAGUAAUUAUAAUUGCCAGGAAUUUAACUAUGUGAUGUUUCCUUCCCUUUAAGGCUUGUUAAAAAUUCUUCUGAAUGACGAAAAGAUUGCCCUAAAUUGUGAAAA